UAUCUUUGUUUUCGGCAGCACAUCGUUGUUCACUAUACUCAAUUCUCAUUUCAGCUACACCUAUACGGGAAUUUGUCCUCUACGCUCGUGCGAUGACGGUUGCUGCUGAUCCUGCAGUUUACAGCGCAGAUCGUUCGCUGUCUGCGGUUGCUCACAACUCCAAACGACUGGAACGUGAGCUGUUGCAUCCUAUUUUGCCAUGUCUCCAGUUCAAUUUAGGUGAAUUGGAGAAACGUGCCAAUUAUUACUUACAGACAAUUACUCCCUCAAAAGAUGGAAAUACAAAAGCUCAUUAUCUGCUUGCUGGCAGUGGCAUGAAUGCUGAGCAAACAUUAAAAAAAAUCGAGUCUAUAAACUUCAACAAUGGAACCGUCAAUUACGAAGAGCUGUCGGUUACAGAUGCUGACGUUUAUUUGAAGUAUAAACGUGAACAAAACGUUCUUCAAUCGUUGCAGAGCAUUGUUUUGGGAACGCAAAAGGAAUUUGACACAUACAUUAGCGAGAUGUGGAAAGUAAUGAAGUCUUCCGACACACCUCUGGAAGAACAAACCAGUUUGAAACGAUCCAAGGUCACAAAUACAUUAUAUGCUUCCUCAGCACGCUCAAAAGCUUUUGCAGCCGCUUUGUUGCGGGCUUCUGAUGAACGAUUAGAAGACCCUGAUUACUCCGUUCUCAGAAUUUUUACAUCUGUUGCCGAAAAAUACGGUCAAGAAACUAAGUUUCAGCUUCUUGUAGACGGUUGGAAGGCUUUACUGAUGCUCUCCAACUCGGGAGAGGAUAUUGGUGUGCUUGAAAAUGCUGCGACGCAAGCUUCUAAAACGGACGUCUCAAACGAGACGAAGACUGACUUACUCAACACUAUUCAACACAAACGCCGGAUUGUUAACAACUCCCUUCGUUUUCUUGAGAAACAGUUUUACUCUUUGGUGAACAAAGAGGUAGAAAAGAAUUCACAAGCUGCGGCAAUGGGCGGUGUGCCUUCGGUUCGUAACAAGAUUCGUGCCUACAUCAAUCUUCGUUUUUUGCGAAAUGGGGAGUGGAUCGAUGCAAACUUGGAAAUCGUAAACAAUGCUCCCGUGUGGGCUUUAUUGUUCUAUUUAAUUCGUUCUGGUUAUCUGGACGAAGCAGUUACAUUUGUCAAUGAGAAUGAGGAUGCCUUUGAGAAGUUUGCUCGAAACUUCCCUUCUUAUCUGAAGUCGUACGCCAGUUCUCCCGAUUACAUUUUGCCCCGUCCCAUUCGUGAAAAAAUGCAUGUUGAAUUUAACCAAUUCUUACGGUAUGCAGUCAACCCAGAUCCGUACAAGUUUGCACUUUACAAAAUUAUUGGCCGCUGCGAGCUUUCCAAGCGUUCCCUUCCGUAUGUUUGCUCCGUCACUGAAGACUACUUAUGGCUGCAGUUGAAGCUUUCUCGUGAAUUUAACGAACCUACUGUUGCAGCACACGAAUGCUUCACCUUGGCAGAUGUGCAAAAAUCCAUCUUAAGUUUUGGUGCUGAGUAUUUCUCACAAAAAAGCUGUAAUCCAAGCAUAUACUUUUUUGUAUUACUGAUCUGUGGUCUUUUUGAAAAAGCCAUUGAUUAUCUUUACUCCUACUCUCCGUCCGAUGCUGCGGGAAUGGCGAUUGCCUGUGCUCAACAUGGAUUGCUUCGGACGCAUCAUGAUGCUACGGGUUCUGCUUCUCAUUUUAUAAAGGAAGUUUCUCCCAAUGUUUUCUCUCUCGAUUAUCCGUCCUUGUUGACAGAUUAUUCAUACACGUUUGACAAAAAAGACGCAAAGCUGGCUGCCUGCUAUCUACUUUCCAUAUGUUUGGAUGGAAAGUUUACAACUGUUGCUCACAAACGUUUGUCGGACCUAAUUCUGUAUACUCGUGAUUUUGCAGGUCUUUUGGGUGAUACACGUGAGGAUGGCAGUCGUAUUCCAGCGUUCCUGGAAACACAUCGUUCUCUGGCUUACUUUGAUACCGAGACCAGCUUUCUGAGGAACAUAACUCGUCGCUCAGCAAUGAAAGCUGAACAACGGCAUCAAAUCACUGAUGCUAUUCUUCUUUAUCAUCUUGCUGAGGAAUACAACACGGUUGUAUCUGUGGUCAACCGGCUGCUAGGCAACACGCUUUCUAGCUUUUCCCAAAAUAGUUCGUUUGACGACAAGCCGGUCAUGUUGGCAAAGAGUAUGCUUCAAAUGUACGCCAGUAAUCCUGGCGUUAUCACUCGUAUAGACUACAAAAAUCGGGAGACAACGGACCUUUUAAUGCUUUCAGUCUCUGCGUUUCAAUCAUUUUCGCAGAAGAAUUACGAACUUGCAUUAUCAUCUUUACAAAAACUUGAAUUUCUGCCGCUGGAGUCUGAAUGUGACUAUGCUUCAAUCAAGAAAACAGUUCAAGAUCUUCGCUUUCUACACGAGGCUGUCCUUCAAAACCUUCCUGGGCUUGUUUUAAUUGCAAUGGAAAGUCUGAAGGAACUUUAUCUGAAAAAUCGUCACUCAGCCUAUGGGCGUUUGGGUCGGGAAUCUAAACUGGAAGUCUAUCGGCACCAAGCACGUCAAUUGAUCAUAUACAGCUCGCUGAUCGAUUACAAAAUGCCUUCUCAUGUGAUUGAGAGUCUUAAUCGCCUUGAGAUUGAGAUGAACUAAAACAUUGGUAUAUUCACCGUGGGUUAUAUUGUCCUAUAACUGGUUUAAUUCCCACAAUUUAAAGAUACUUUUAUAGAGUUCACUUGAAUGAAAAUUUGAUG